UAAGCCCAAACAGAAGAAGAUUUGGCAAGUGUCGAAAAUAUGUAUAUUUGCACUUUUGAGGACUGUUCUGCCAAUUAUAACAAGAAGUGGAAAUUGAUUGAACAUGAAGCCAAACACACUGGCACUAAUCCAUUCGUAUGUACACAUGAGGGAUGCACCAAGGCUUUCACCAGACAGCCCCAUCUACAAAGACAUCUGAGCUCUCAUAGCAGUCAAAAUGAUUUAUUAUGUGAGGAGGUGGGAUGUGGAGCUGCUUUCAGCAACAAAGAUAAUCUCAAGAAACAUAUUAAAAGAGUACACCAAGGCAGACAAUACAAGUGUGACUAUGAAGGGUGUGGCAAGACAUUCCACAAGCAUCAACACCUCACCGUUCAUCAGUACAUCCAUACCAAUAUCAAACCAUUCAAAUGUGAAGAAAAGGACUGUGAAGCAAGCUUUCUGAUACCAAGCAAACUCAAACGUCAUAUGAAGGUUCAUAAAGGGUACACCUGCACAAGAGAAGGUUGCAAUGAGUGGUUCGGUAAAUGGAGUGAAUUGACGGCUCAUUUAACAACACAUACAAUAGAAUUUAGUUGCAGUGAAUGCAGCAUGGUAUUCAACAAGAAACAUAAGUUACGUAAUCACAUGAUGGUACAUGCGACUGAGAGGGAGGUGUUUGUCUGUCCUAUGGAAGACUGUGAUAGACGGUUCAUCAAGCGUGAAAGCUUGCGGCUUCACAUCAGUAAGUUCCACAAGGGCGCCAGACCAUUUUCCUGUGCUCAUCCUGGCUGUAUGAAGACAUUCAGCUACAAGAAAUCUUUAGUUCAACAUCAAGUGGUCCAUAAACCUGGGUAUCAAAAACCACCAGCCAAGCCAAGAAAGAGACGGAGUCUUGCUUCAAGAAUAGCUGGCCAUGUUGACCUUGAAGGGCCUGACCUUCUAUCCAGUCCUUUCCAUACAUUGACCUUUGACCCUGGAAAGGAUGACUCGCCAAAGAUCCCUAAAAUGGACACUCAACUUCAAUUAGACAUCCCUGGUACAUCUGACUCUCCCAAAAGCCGCAAGAUGGACACUGAACUUCAAGAAGAGACUCCUAGUACGUCCAGUCCAGUUCCAUCAUGUAUGCCUUUAGCAACUUCAUCCAGAUGUGAUUGUUCUAAAAUGGACAGUCAACUUCAAGUAGACAUCACUGAUACAUCUGACUCUCCCAAAAGCCGCAAGAUGGACACUGAACUUCAAGAAGAGAUUCCUAGUACGUCCAGUCCAGUUCCAUCACGUAUGCCUUCAGCAACUUCAUCCAGAGGUGAUUGUUCUAAAAUGGACAGUCAACUUCAAGUAGAAAUCACUGGUACAUCUGACUCUCCUAAGAGCCCCAGUAUGGACACUGAACUUCAAGAAGAGAUUCCAAGUACGUCCAGUUCAGUUCCAUCAUGUAUGCCUUUAGCAAAUUCAUCCAAAGGUGAUUGUUCUAAAGCUGUCACACACAAGCCAAAAUCAUCUCAAGAUGAUGAAACAGACCUUGAUAAAUAUGCUGCAAAUAUUCUACUAGCAAUGCAGGGGUUAGAAUACAUCUCACCUGACUUUGAUGGAAGUAUGGAUAAGAGGUUCUCAGAGAUUGCUGAUCAUGGAGAGACAUCACUGGAGAAGGAUUGUUGUUUCACAAAUAACGAGAGGAUAGCGGGAAAAAAUUAGAAUCUCCCAGUCUUUGAUGAUAACUGUCCCGAUGUUGUAAAGAACGUACAUGUUGCCAUGGAGGUAGAAUCUAGUAAACAAUCUGGAGUAACAUCAGAGAAUAUUGAUGUAAAGGAAUAACUUGUGUGAUGGGAAUUGGUCCCAUUUUUAUACCUUAGGAAUCUGCUUGUGUUGGUGAUAUGGAUGUAUGCAUACUAUUAUUGGAAUAUUUAUAUCUUAGGGGAAGCAAAUCAUAGGAAAUGAUUCAUGUCAAAAUGCGAAAAACCAUGUAAACUAAGUGUGAUAUGUUAUCUGUAUUCUAUUACUGCUUUGGUAUUCUAGUUGAGAUUGAGGCUUUUUACCAAUGCCCUGCGAGUAUGUAGACAAGGUAUCUUGUACAUGUUGUAUUUACCUGCUAAGAAGACAUUAUUUAAUGCUUUGAACAAUGAAACUCCUUAUGGUAGCUGUGCUUUAAAAGCAGGAUAAGGGCCAGUCCCAUAUCACUGAUAACAGUAAUUAUAUUUUUGAUCAAUGAAAUCCUGUUCAGUGAUUGGUCAACAUGGCAUCAUGUGACCAAACAUAACAUUGCUUUAUGUAACCGUGACGUCAUCCAUGGUAUAGUGCACUAUAUCAUAGCACUAUACCAUGGAUGACAUCUUAUAUACGAUUGAUCAAGAUCAAUGUGCUAUUGGUCGCAACAGAAAUACCACUAUUCCUGCCACCUCGAUCUAUAAUUUCAACUAGAGCCUCUUAGUGCAUGGUAUAUUUGUUUACUAUGAUUACAUAAAGGUAUUGGAUAUUGGUUUUCUCUCACUAAUUAUUGCUAAUUGUUGCAAAUGAGCUUUCAGUGUCGAUUUUCUAAGACUCAAUUCCUUAUCUGUCUAUACGUAAGGAGACUGAUUUUAUAAUUGUAAUUGUUGUUACCUGUGAUAUGGACUGGCCCCUAAUCAUAGAAAGCUAUAAGCAUCACUGUGUGCUAGACAUAAGCUCUUCAUAAGAAGUCAAUAUUAUGAGGUGUCUCAGGUUUACAUGAAAGAAUAUAGUUCAAUGUGCAUAAACCUAUCUUGAAUUCUUAAAGGGGAAAAGUUAUUAAAAUUCUAUCAAAAUUGACUAUAAAGUAGUUACAUUCUUCAAGAUAACAUUGUAUUCAAAUAGGGGAAAAAUUGUGAAGUCAGAUAAUCAAUAUUUUUUAAAUGUUUUUUAAUGCUAUUAAAUAAAUUCUGCUAUAGAUUUUAACAAAUGACUAUUGGAGUACAAGUACUUUUGGCAAUUUACAAUUUCCUAUCUAGGAAAGUACCUCUACCUAUGUAAAUUUAGUCUUAUUAUUUCAUUAUCAAUUGUCAGUAUCAGUAUACUUAUUGCACAUAAUUGCAGGGAACAAACGUUGCUUAUUGAUGAGCAAUUUUGUUUUUGGAUUUGACAUCUAGACUUGUUUUUUUGCCUUGUUAGCAAAUGCAAUUUUAUAAAAAAAAUAGUCAUUAUUCUUUUACUAUUUAUUAUCAGAGGGCACAUCCCAUUUUUUUUAAGUUAAUGUAAACAACAACAAAAUUCUCCAGAUUUAGGAAGUCAUUUUAAAUAGUAUCAAUUCAUCAUUCUAACAUAAUUUUAUGUUACAUUGUUACUUUCAUAUAUUUUUAUGAUAUAUAAGUCAUUACAUAUAUAUUUCAUCAUGUUCUUGGGCAUUAUUUAUAUGUGCCAGCCAUCAUAAUCCUCAUUGGUGUUCUAAUAAAACUACAUAAAUAUCAUGAAACCUUUCCUGCUGUGCUUAUUUACAUCUAACAUGCUAUUGUUAUACAUUGAGAAUUGUAUUGUAUACAAAUUAUUUAUGAAGUGCAUUUAUGUUUACUUUUACUGUCUUC